AUGGACUAUGAAAUGUGUGAAAAUUUUGAUAUGUUAAUUGAACAAUGUCCCCGUAAAUUAAACAAUUCUGGAGAAUGUAAUAUUCAGAAUAUACCGGGUAUUGAUGAAUACUGCCCUGAUCGAGAAUCAGAGGGAAAAAAAUGUAAGACUGAGCUCGAUAAAAUAAAUGCUGUAUGCUUAUGGUUGUUUGAUCAAAAUAUUGCUCAUAGGAUUGAUAAUUUAAGUAAUGAAAAUGUUAAAGCGUUUAUUAUAUACAUUAUGAUAUGGUUAAAUUAUAUGUUAAACCUAAAGAAAGAUGAAGAAACCAAACUAAGUGAUUUUUAUAAUAAUAUAGAAAACGAUACGAAUUAUACUAAUUGUACAAAUGAUGAUAAUGAUUGUAAUAGUACAUUAAAAGAUAAAGCUGGAUAUAAUAAUUUUAAGGAUGCCAUAUUUAAAAAUAUGGAUUUUUCGAAUAUUAAUUUUGAAGAUAUAUCUAAAUUUUAUGAUGUAUUUAAAUUAUUAUGUAAAAUGCAUACUGAAUCUAAUGAAGGCAAGAUAGAAUGCACGAAAUAUUUGGGAUAUGCAAAUAACAUUGUUGGCAAAUUUAAUGAACUUAAUAGAAAUUCUAGCAUUAGUGGAGACAGUUCAUAUAGUAAAGUAUGGUCUACUUUAUCAAAUGAUUAUGAUAAUUUUAAAAAUGAAUAUGAUGAUACUAGUUGUAUGGGUAUUCCAUCGAUUCCACCGAUAAAAAUAAAACAAAAUCACGUACAAAGUUCCGGUGUUAUAUCAUCAAGCUUGUCGAUAUUAAACAAAAUAAUUAUAGCUUUAUCAAUAUUCACUGCAAUAACAAUCUUUUUGGGAAUUUUUUAUAAGUGUUCGUUAUUUGUAUUACGGAAAAGAGAUCAAAAACAACAUUUAAGAGAAAAGCUAAAAAAUAUAAAGAAGAGAAUGAAUCAUUAA